AUGAAACAUCUCUUCGAAAUUGUCCUCUUGGCGGAAUUAUUUAUUCAGGGUCUGAUGUACGAAGCUUGGCCGAAUUUUGAAACCAAAAGUCCUGAAAAAAAUUCAAGCUUGGAAUUGUUGUUGCAAAAUAUCUACAAGGAGAGAGAAUUUGAGACCCUAUUGCUGAUUGCCGAGCCGGAGAGCUAUAAAGAUCUUUUGAUAUGGGGAACACUGGAAAGGUUAAUGGUCCCAAAGGUCUUGGUUACAAAUGACCCGGGUUAUGAAUUUGUGAGGACCUUCAAUGCCGAAAUUUUAACAAUAUUCCUAUUCCAAAAACAUGUGAAUCCAAAUCUGAUGGCCAUGGGUGCGGAGAUUUUAAAUUUUAUGAGACAAUCAAGGAUUUUGAUAUUAAUCGAGGAGGUGGAGAAUGAGGUGGAGAAUUUGGAUCCUGGGGUACUGUGGCAUUUAUUGCAACAUUGUGAGUCUUAUAAAAUGACAAAUGUGCUGGUGAGAGGCCUCCAUGACCCUAGAGCUGGAAAUAUCCUGCAAUUGAAACCCUAUCCCGUUUACAACUGGUCCAGGUGGCAAUCGGAUUCGCCUUACUACCCUCAACAUUGGCACAAUAUGGAAAAUAAAUCUGUCACCUAUUUCACCGAUACCACCAUGACCCUAUCCUACCCUUUUGAGGAUGGUCGGGGAGGUGUAAAACUCAAUGGUUAUAUUGCCAGAUUGGUGUUACUCUUCGGAGAGAUUUUCAAUGCCCACAUGCAUAUGUAUGCCUCCCAUGAGGUGGCAGCCCGAACUCAUCUCACCCAGGUCAAUCAAAUGGUUGAGGAUAAUCGCAUUGAUAUACCAAUGACUUUGAGCCACUACAAUGAUGGCAAGUGGUUGUAUAAAUCCGCAGUCUAUGAUUCGCUGGCAGGUCUGCUAAUGAUACCCAGUGCCCUGCCGCUGAGCACCAGGGAGGUAUAUGGAGUGCUAUUGAAUAGAUAUUUCUUUGGGUCCAUCAUCAUUGGGACCCUUAUAUUUUCGGGCUUUCAAUUCUUGGUGGAUUAUUUUUUGGAUCGGAAUCUACACAUCCUGGAUUUGGUGCUGAAUUAUCGUUUCUUCUCCGGUGUCUUGGGUCAAUCAUUCGCACCACGAGAAUCGUGUUGGCGUAGCCUGAAAAUGGUAUAUUUUUUGGUUUUUGUGGCCGGGCUGAAUAUCAGUACCCAAUUUUCGGCCACCAUAAAUACCCUGAUCACCAGUCCCCCCAAUCAUCCGCAGAUUCAAUCCUUUGAGGAUUUGAAAAAUUCGAGAUUAAAAAUUCUAGCCAUUACCAGUGACAUAGAGGCCAUUGAAGAUGCCGGUGAUAUUAUCAAGGACUCCCUACUGCUAACCGACAGUGUGGAGUAUUAUGAGGAGAAUCGUAAUAGUUACAAUACAUCGACGGGUUACUUCCUGGUCUCCCUCUCCUGGAAGGUCCUCAAACGUAAGCAGCAGUAUUAUUCGCACAACAUUUUCAAUGUCUAUGAGAAAAUGACGUUGUUUAGUAUGCCCUGUGCCCUGCAGCUGCAAAAACAUUCGCCGUACAAGGAACCUCUGGACUACCUCAUCAAUCGGGUACAUGCUGUGGGUCUGCCGGAAUAUUGGUAUGCCAGCACCUUUGGCGAUAUGUUAAGGACCAAGAGGAUUAGCAUUAAUGCGAAUACUACCAGCAAGGAAUUUCAACCGCUGGAGGUCAGGGAUCUUUUUUGGCCCUGGAUAAGUAUUGCUGCAGGAUUAGCGGCAGGUGGUGUGAUAUUUUUGGCGGAAAUUUUAAUAUAUCGUACUCUAAGGAAAUUGCAAAAAAAUAAAUAA